UCGUACAUCGUUGGCAUUAGUAUUUUCUAAUCACCCAUGGAGAAGUUCUUGAAGCACACCCGCAUCCACGGACUCUGGCUGCUUUCGAUGAUUCUUUUCGCAUCUUCUGUCAUUCAUGCACGCAUAAUAAGCGGCCAAAUCAAAGAGGACACCAACAACGCUAGGAGCUUGACGAUGACCACCGUGAUGAGUGCAGGAGACAACACGACUGGCAGUGUCGACGGGGAAGCUUCUAGCGGGCUGCCCUCCACAAAAUAUUUUUUUGGAUUUUACCUAUGCAAAAAGACUGGUAGGGUCUAUAGGGGCUUGCCGGAGUGCAUGGCGCAUUGCCUUCUAGGAGUCUGCACUAAAGCGUACUAGUUGCUGAGAAAUGUAUUGGGGGAUGUUUGAUAUGUCUGUAACAUCAACUAUUAAAAUUAUUAAAUACUAGCUAUGAAUAUUAAAUAUAA